ACCAGACAGAAGUCCGGCUGAUCUACUAAAAAGGCACACAUAGUACGUUUCUCCACCAUGGGACAAUAACACGUAGACGUGAGAGGUUACAUUUUCACAACCAUUGGAUAAGUAAUUUCAGUGUUUAACGCUACGAUCAAUCAAAAUUCAAUUGCAAGAUAGCUGGCAAAGAAUCUGUUAAUUAUUUAUAAGUUUUCGUUUAUAAUUGGCAGAAUGCGUAUUAUACCGAAAAUUGUACCACUGUUUAUUUGUACCUUGGUAUUCGUACCAUUAUGUUGGACAGGAUCAAAAGAUCCUUGUAAGUCUCAAGAUCCUCAAAUUCGUGAUUUGUGUGAACUAGAAUUGGAGAUAAACUCAACAAACUGGUACUCCAAUCUCAGAAUCUUUGAUGUAAACGAAGAAAUUCAAAAUGCUGUCAAUGGACUUGAAAAAAAAUAUGAUUUGGAGAAUAUACUAUUGGAUGUCAGUGGUUGGACACUUGGAAGUCCAAACCAUGGACAACUGAUUGAUUCUCAACCAUCCAAAGAUAGUUUUUCAGAAUCUAGGAGAGCUGAAAUAAUUCUUGGAGUAACACGCAAUCUAAAGAAUACAUAUUGUUUAAAGCAUGGGUUAAGUGAUAUAGAAUGUGCCAAAGACUUAACGAAGGUGAAACUAACCAGGACAACUUUGAGUGAUAUGUGUUUGUCUGAGUAUUAUGACAAAACUUCGUGCAUUAGGAAAAACUUAGAUUACCGGAGUCCUGACGGUUCUUGUAACCACUUGAAUCGUACCUCUUUGGGAAAGGCCACAUCGCCAUAUAAACGUUUACUGUUUCCAAACUAUACUGAUGGUAUUUACAAUAUGUCAGAAAAAUUGCCCAAUCCUAGAUCACUGAGCAUAAAUCUUGUCAAAGACGAAAACUUGACUGAUCCAGCAAAAACGAUGAUGAUGGCGUACUGGACGAUUUUCAUAGGCCAUGAUCUAUCACAGACGGUGGUUUCCACCUUGGGCAAUACGAACUUGACUGUGAAAUGUUGUCAUGAAGAAAGCAGUAUUCAAUAUGUUCUGAAAAAAAACAUAGAGUCUUGUAAGCCCAUAUCGAUACCGGAUGAAGAUAAAGUUUUUAAAGAGGAAUCGCAACACUGCAUGAACUACGUGCGUUCGCGGCCAGCGAUGCGUUCCGAUUGUACAUUUGGACCCAUGGAACAAAUGAACCAAGCUACUCAUUAUUUAGACGCGUCGAUGAUAUACGGUACGACAGAACAACAGACGCUGUCGUUGCGGAAAAUGAAAGGUGGUGAACUGUUGUCGAAAAAUAUUAAUGUCACUGAUAAGGAUUUCUGGUUAAUGCCGCUGGAAACCAAUGAAACCAACGCUUGUCAGCGCGGCAACGGCACUUGCUUCAGGGCUGGUGAUAUCCGGGCAAACGCGCUUCCCCAACUUACUGUCCUUCACACAUUGUGGAUGAGGGAACACAACCGCAUAAGCAGAGAACUAGUUCGCUUCAACCCGCACUGGAGUGACGAGCAAGUUUUCCAGGAGGCCAAGAAAAUCGUGACGGGAUUCAUACAGCACAUCACGUACAACGAGUGGCUGCCAGCGCUACUUGGCGUAAACUACACCAAGGAUAACGGUCUGGGACUGUUAGAGAAAGGAUACAACGACGCUUAUAACGAGAGAAGCGACCCGUCCGUCAGCAACAGUUUCGCGAACGCGAUUCUGCCGUUCGCCAAUUCUAUGCUCAGCGACAAUAUCAGUUUGUACUCGGAAGACCGAGUGAUCAACGGAAGUAUUUCACUAAAAGAAUAUUACAAUCAACCUGUUGAUUUAUUGACUAAGUACAUCGAUGAACUUAUUAGAGGACUAACUACUCAGAAUACACAAAAAGUCGAUAUGCUCUUUACACAAACGAUCACAAAUCAUUUAUUCAGUAUUGAUCCAAAUAAUUCGAUUGGAAUGGACAUUGUCAGCUUGGAUAUACAACGAAGCCGUGAUCACGGUAUUCCGAGCUACACACAAUUUAGAAAAUAUUGUGGACUAAAAGAUAUAGAAAAUGAGCAAGAUUUAUCUGAGAUCAUGAUGGAAGGUUUAGCUGAUACAUUAUUGAAACAAUACAAAACUUGGAACGAUAUAGAUUUAUUGAUUGGUGCAUUGUCUGAGAAACACGCCGAUGAAGCAAUGGUCGGCCCCACGAUGAGGUGUAUCAUCAAAGAACAGUUUGUAAGAACUAGAAAUGCAGAUAGAUAUUUUUAUGACUUACCAGGAGUAUUCACCGAACUUCAACUGGAAGAAAUCAGAAAAAUGACCCUUGCUAGAGUUAUUUGUGAAAACUUCAAUGAUGUAAAAAUGCUCCAGAAACAAGCAUUUUUGAAACCGACUUCAACUGAUGAAUUACAACGUUGUGAGGACGGAAUUAUUCCGAAAAUCUUUUUGAUUCGUUGGGGAGAACUGGCGGUUGUACUCCCAUAAUAAUAUUGCACAAAACAUUGAUAAAUUAAAAAUUAAAAAUUUAUAAUGUUUAGUAAUUAUAUUUUUAACAUUUAAUA